AUGUCAGCGGCGAACUCUGCUUCUCUUUAUGUCGGCGAGCUUGAUCCCUCCGUCACCGAGGCCAUGCUCUUUGAGCUCUUUUCUCAGAUCGGCGCCGUUGCCUCCAUCCGCGUUUGCCGUGACGCCGUCACCCGCCGCUCGCUUGGCUAUGCCUACGUCAACUACAACGCGACUCCUGACGGCGAAAAGGCCCUGGAGGAGCUCAACUACACUUUGAUCAAGGGCCGUCCUUGCCGUAUCAUGUGGUCUCAGCGUGACCCGGCCCUUCGCAAGACGGGCCAAGGUAACGUCUUCAUCAAGAACCUCGACGUCGCCAUCGACAACAAGGCUCUUCACGACACCUUUGCUGCUUUCGGCAACAUUCUGAGCUGCAAGGUUGCCCAGGACGAGCACGGCAACUCCAAGGGAUACGGGUUUGUCCACUACGAGACUGAUGAGGCUGCUCAGCAGGCUAUCAAGCACGUCAACGAGAUGAAGGCCAACUUCACCAACGUCUAUGUCAAGAACAUCCACAGCGAUGCUACCGACGAAGAAUUCCGCGAGCUGUUCGAGCAGUAUGGCGACAUCACCUCGGCGUCCCUUGCCCGCGACCAGGAAGGCAAGAGCCGCGGGUUUGGCUUCGUUAACUUCACCACCCACGAGAGUGCUGCCAAGGCCGUUGACGAGCUCCAUGGCAGGGACCUCCGCGGCCAAGACCUGUAUGUUGGCCGCGCUCAGAAGAAGCACGAGCGCGAGGAGGAGCUCCGCAAGUCCUACGAGGCGGCCCGCAUCGAAAAGGCCAGCAAGUACCAGGGCGUCAACCUUUACAUCAAGAACCUGGACGACGACGUGGACGACGAGAAGCUCCGGCAUAUGUUCUCCGAGUUUGGCCCCAUCACUUCGGCAAAGGUGAUGCGAGACUCUCCGCUCGAGGGUGGAGAGGAGAAGAAAGAAGAUAAGGAAGGCAAGGACAAGGAGAACAAGAAGGACGACGCCAAGGAAAGCGACGAGGAGGACUCAUCUGACAAGAAGUCUGACAAAAAGGCGGAUAAGAGGCUCGGUAAGAGCAAGGGCUUCGGUUUCGUCUGCUUCAGCAACCCCGACGACGCAACCAAGGCGGUGGCUGAGAUGAACCAGCGAAUGAUCAACGGCAAGCCUCUUUACGUUGCCCUCGCACAGCGCAAGGAUGUGCGCAAGAACCAGCUUGAGGCCAGCAUCCAGGCCCGCAACCAGCUGCGCAUGCAGCAAGCUGCCGCUGCCGCCGGAAUGCCCCAGCAGUACAUGCAGCCUCCUGUCUUCUACGCCCCUGGCCAGCAGCCGGGCUUUAUCCCCCAAGCCGGCCGUGGGAUGCCCUUCCCUCAGCCAGCAAUGGGCAUGGGUGGUGUCCAAGGCGGUCGCCCUGGCCAGUUCCCUGGCUACCCGCAGCAGGGCGGCCGCGGUGGUGUCCCCCAGCAGAUGCCUCCCAAUCUCUAUGGCGUUCCCCCCAACGCUGCCGGCGGAAUGCCGGGUGCCGGGGUGCCUGGCUUCCCUCCCAACAAUCGCCAACAGGGUGGCCGUGGUGGCGACAUGAACUCGGGCACGGUGCUGCAAGCUCAGAUUGCAGGCGCCCAGCCCGCCCAGCAGAAGCAGAUUCUUGGCGAGAUGAUCUUCCCCAAGAUUCAGGCCAUCAACGCAGAGCUUGCUGGGAAAAUCACCGGCAUGCUCCUCGAGAUGGAGAACUCCGAGCUCAUCAACCUCAUUGAGGACGAGGCCGCGCUCAAGGCCAAGGUCGACGAGGCCCUCGCCGUGUACGACGAGUACGUCAAGGCCCAGGGCUCCGAAGCCGGCGACACCAAAAAGGAGGAGGCGCCCAAGGCUUAG